CUUGAAAUUUGUCAUGACUCUUGAGCCAAUCCGCGUCUUUGCCGAAAUAUAGAAUAAAACCAUGAGCCCUAAAAGGACGGAACAGCUGUAUGAUUCAGAUUUUCAAUUGCUAUCUUUUUUUAUUUAGAGGUGUUGUUGAUAUGUGUGUGCGGCUUUUAAGAUAUGUUUUUAGCCAACUUAAGAACGAAGGAUAUUUAUGAUACAUACUUAACUUUUACAUGGCGAGAUGAGACCUAUAUAGACGAAUAUAAUAAAAUAAAAACAACAAAAGAAACUUGAUGAAAUUUGCCGAUAACGAGUUCCUUUAUACAGAAUUUUCUUCGUGUACAUCGUGUGUUCUAGUGAGGUGUGACGCGUUGACUUGAUAAAGACGAAACCUAUCAUCGAAGAUAAAUAAGUUAUUCGACCAAGUAUGCAUUCAAUAAGGAGUGUUAAGUGUAGUGUUGUUGACAAACAUGAAAAUCCCUAAUCGAAUUAAAUAUACUAAUACAAAUCACUAUCACCGAAACUACCACAUCACCCCAAAUACAAAUGAGGUCAAGGUCACAUCUGUUCUUUAACUUGUCCUGGACUGUUUACAAUAGAUAAGAUAAUAGAUGUUUACAUAUCUAUCGAUGGAUAAAGUUAAGUACUCGCUUAAAUCUCUGCGUGUAUUUUUAUCAUACCGGUUAUGCUUCCUCUUUGCCGUUUUGGGGAAUUAGUAUCAUUUGCAUGUCAAUGUUGCUUGCGUAGUUAGUUAUUUUCAUGCUUUAUUAACGCAAAGUUCUACAAUUCAUCAUACCAUCAGUUGCAGCGGUUCUUUUAACUGUCAAUGGAAACAGGCAACGAUUCAGCAAUGGUUAAAUUAUCUUCUUCCAGGGAUAACAACAACGAAUCUCCUAAAAUUAGCUUGAAUUCACACAUAAAUCACAACGGAUAUAUAAACAAAGGCUUCACCGUCGAGAAAGAUUCCUCUAAGAAAACCCAAAUUGAAAAUGGCCACAUCAGCAAGGAAUGCGAGGAAACUCAAGUGUAUAAGCGAAGAUGGUAUAUUCUUUCCGUGUACUGUUUGUUGACUCUCACCCAGGCCAUGCUAUGGAAUACUUGGGGACCUAUAGCAGCUUCCAGCCACCAGGCUUUCGGAUGGAAUGACGGUGACACGGCACUACUUACUGAUCUAGGACCUAUAGCAUUUUUACUCGUUGUGUUUUUAUUUUCUUGGAUCGUUGAUGUUAAGGGAUUACGAUGGGCUUGUGUGCUGACCGCCUUCGUCAUGAUGCUCGGAGCUGGUGUAAGGUGUAUAACAGACAAGUCCCCGUAUGUAAAGGUCACGGCAGGGAUUGGUCAGUUCUUGAACGGCAUUGGAACCCCUGUCAGUAUGGGGGUGCCCCCUGUUUUGUCUGCCGCCUGGUUUCCUCCACAUCAGAGGACCCUGUCAACAGCCAUAGCAACGGUAGCCAAUCUGGCGGGAAUUGGUCUAUCCUUUGUGAUAGGUCCAUUCAUGGUACCGGACGACAAAAAUACAACACGAAGUACAUGGAAUGGUACAUUGAACACAACGGAAGUUAACUCGUUAAAUACGUCUGAUCUACAGGAGGAAACAGGUCUCAAAAAGAGAAAUCAGAUCAUGAUACUUUUAUAUACAGAAUUCGGUUGGGCUGUUGGUAUUUUUCUACUAUUACUGGUUUACUUUCCCGCCAAACCUAGCAAGCCUCCAAGUAUAUCGGCUUCUACGGAGAGGCUAAACUUCAUACAGGGCUGCAAAACAUUAUUACGGAAUGGUGUAUUCUGGGUAAUCGCCUGUUCGUAUGGUCUGUCAGUCGGUAUAUUAGGAGCAUGGCCAGGCGUGUUAGAAAUAGUCCUCAAACCUCACCACAUCUCAGAGCACGAGGCUGGUCUGAUCGGCAUGUAUUCAGUCGUGUGUGGGAUUGUCCUGUCUCUCAUCGUAGCCAAAUGCACAGAUGUGUUCUCCAAGAAGAAGAAAGUUUUCCUGCUUGGUCUGUACCUGACCAGUGGUGCCUUUGCCUUGUGGAUGAACCUGCUUCUCUCCCGGAUAUUACCGGACUCCUAUGCUUCCCUCCACAUAACCGCCGUAGUUGGGUCCGCCACCCUCACAGCCACCACCCCCGUGUACUUUGAGAUGGCCUGUGAAACAACAUAUCCCGUGGCUGAGGGUAUCACCAACUUUGCCCUAACUCUCGUCAACAAUAUCGUCAGUGUGGUGUUCUUGGCCAUUCAAACAAUCCCUAACAUUGGUACGUCGUGGGAAGGCUGGACUCUAUUUGGCACGAUCAUUUUGUGUUUACCGGGUUUGGUUUUUUUGAAAGAGAAAACAAAUCGGCUUAACGUGGAUGAACAUACAUGAAUUUGAAUAGCAGACAUUUCAGUUGUUGAGGACAACGUUGGAAAUUCGUCGACUAGACUGGUACAAGAUGUACUAUAUAAUACUCAGUAACCACCAUUCAGCAGUGGAUGCUCGCAUAAUAUUCAAUCACGGACACAAGUAGUGCUUCUUUCUCUCCCGUCAGAACUCCAUGGACGUGUUAAAUGACUGUUAACUACCGUAACUUGUGUUCUUCUUUGAACUGUUAAGCUAACGAUAUAAGUGGGUCGAUUCUCCAUUGGUAAGAGACCGCCAAUCGGAAAUCAGAACUAGUUUGUAUAAGCUAGUGGAAAUCUCUGUAUGAAUUCGCCAAUCCAUGAAGAUAAUAUAACAUUAAAUCUCCAAUAAUCAUUUAUUUGCCUUGUGGAUUUCAUGAAGUGCAUAUCACAAAAGUUAUCGAAACGCUGAGUAAAAUAUAUUUUAUUAACCCCAAUUAUAACGGUCGCACUAGUUCAGUUGGCAGGGCAUCUGAAUAUAAUCUAAGGUUAAGAUCCAAGGCGUGUCACUAUUCGAGAUGGUUUCGUUUCUCACAAAGUUGAAAUCACGGACUGUCAUGGCCUACCGUGGUUGUAUUCCUGGGCAAGAAAUUUCACUUUUCAGUGAGUUCAUCACCAUCUACCACAAGAAGGCACCACCUCUAUUUUUUUUUUUUUUUUUUUUUAUUCAUGGGGAGACAAACCUGCCCAACUAGUAGACAAUUAAUUACUUAUUAUUUUACUGUUAGACAUAUAAAUAUAGAUUGAUCUUGCUUAACAUUAUAUGUUUUAGCUGCGUACCCUGGUAUAAGAUUUAGUUGUCAUGUCUGGUGUACAAUACAACCUCUUAAUGUUGAUGAAAAUGAUGAAGUACCAAAAAUGAAAUAAUUUGAAAUUUUUUACACACAAUAAAAUAUGUAAUUUAACAUACAAAGGUUUCAGUGUUUAAUUAUCUUUUUGUUAUACAAAUCUCUAUUUGACUACUAACAUACACCCUAUGAUCAACUUGUAUCAAACAUAACUGACAGAACCUACACUGGGAAAAUGAGAAUCAAUGCAAUACUUCAGGUUGUUUUAUAUACAGUCAACCCUGUAAUAGUGGACACCUUAUAUAGCGGUCACCUGUCCAUAACGGACAGUGCCAGGAAUCCCCAGUAAUUGAAUGGCCGAGUGAAAUACCCAUUUUGUAUGUAGUUUCAAGUCACAGAUCAAACCAGAAGUCUAUGCGAGUUUUAUCAUUCUUUUUUUAUUUAUUGUAUACCCACACAUUAUACAUGCUUACAGAGAGAAGUGAUGUGACCAGUCUGCACAUAAUCACGUCGCAAUCUUUGUACGUGAAUGCAAACUUAGAAAAUUAGGAAAUUUAAAAUUGGAUUUUGAUUGAAACUAAUUGUUGUAUACAGAUCGCAUAUGCGUAGCAUCUCUACGAAAAUAUAGACGUUGGCGCUGUAGUGUGUUGAAAUAUUAUUUGGUGUACUUAUUUUGCGCGCUCGAAAUUGGCGUAUACCUAGUUUUUGCGUACUCAAAUUUUGAAUGAACUAAAACAGAAUUGCGGAGUAAUAAAUAAGCACGACGUCCAUGCUUGCCACAGCAAACAAGUCAUAAUUGAGCGGAAUCCUUCCCGCGCGAAAAUUGCCAAAAUAAUAUUACCACUAAAAUAUGUACGUUUGCAGUAACAGAAUUCAAACGGUUAAGCGCAAUGAUGAAUUGGCGAUUGAUAAAUAAAACCUUGGGAUAUAUCUUCUGUGUCAUAGUUAUACUUCCUUGUAAAAACCCUGUCAAGACAAUAGGGGGACGCGAUCGUAUUCCAACGUGUAAAAACAAAAUCUGCACGCAAUACAAUCGUAAUUUAGGUGUUGAAAAUCGCCAAAAUAUUAUUAUAGCCAAGGUACAUACACGUUUGCAGUUCUAUAUUCAAUGAAAGUAAUGUUAUUACGGGUAUAAUCCACAAUAUUUCAUCUCCUUCAAAAAGAGAUGGGGAUCUCAACUCUUGGUGUUAAAAUUCUUAGUUUUCAAUCACAAAGACUUUGUACAAAUUCCCAAACCACGAUCAAUUUAUGACAUAUAUGUAUACAUAGGCCGAGGGUUUUGAGUUUGUUGUCAUGUCUUUGUGUUGUCAAUAGUGAUUUUUCUUUCAAAAGUAAAAUUCUCUUUCUCACCCUCAAUUGAGGAACAGAUUUUUUUUAUCAUAUUUACCGUAUGUGUGCUCCACCAUACACACCACCAGGGCUUUCUCACAUCACCGAAGAACAUACAAAAGUUUCAAUGAAAAAAUAUUCCAGACAUUUAAACAAAAAAAGGUCUGAAAGUAAAGCGUGAAACUUAAAAUAAUUAACAUUCCAGCUGCCAUAAUAUAUAUCACUGAUGUGUUGAAAACAAACCAUGGAACAGUCAUACAACAUGCUAAUUAGAAUACACACAUCAUAGCUUGGUUUACCAAAAUUAGGAAUUUCGCUAUACCUGGGGCUUUGUUUUACAUACACUAGGAAGAAAGUAUGUUUAAUUAUAAAUAAACUUCUAGGGGAAAAAAUUUGAGCAUCAAAAAAUUUGAGCAUCAUUUGUUGGUACAAAAACACAGUUAUAUAGGGUAGGACAUUAAAUAGUCAAGCAAACAGCGUCAAAUGCAUUUCCUUAUCAAGUUUGUUUACUUGCAAGAGGGGUGGAUGUUUAAGACAAUUCUGAAAACGGAAUUCGGCUGGCUGGAUUAAACAGAAUUUACUGUCUGUCUUCAAAAUAAAGUGUUUGUUAAAAAUUCGAAAAAUAUAAAUUGAAAGUCCUGCAACCAUAACUUCCAUAAAAACUACAGCAGUGUAUUGUAUCAGUUUUGCUUAAACGUCCUUAAACAGGUGAUUUAAAACUCAACCUCAAUCAAUCACAAAAUUAAAUUUCAUUACUUAAAAAAAA